AUGGAGCCGCACGGAAGACCAGUUUUUUUCCACGAAAUAGAAGAAGAUGUAAAGGGCUGGAUUGAAAAAGAUAUUCGUGUUGUUGGAACGCUAAAAUAUAUCCAGCUUUGUACUGAAACCGCGAUUCUUGAACAAUAUUUAAACAAUUCUAAACAUCACCUCAUAGUAGACACGCAAAUGAUUGAGAAUUUUUGCCAAUAUUGUAUUGGUGAUAUGAUUGAAUUAAUCGGAAAAUUGACGUGGGAUGAUACACCUGGUCCGGGGAUAAUUUCACGAUUUAGUCAACUACCACCAGAAUUUAGAGUCAAAUUGUCAGAAGAUGCUUCGCAAAAAUGGCCUCCAGUGAUUAGAGCAGAUGUUAUACGUGAUGUUCAAGGUGUAAAUAUGACUUUAUAUCAUGAAGUAACCAAAUUACGAAGACAAUUUACAUCGAAAUUUGAUGCUCUGAUGGAAAGCGAAGAAUUAAAAG